AUGUGCAGCACUUCACGUGUGGUUCAUUCUGGGAAUCGUGAAGAAGAAAAAAAAAGGUUGGAGUUGUUCAAUAAAUAUUGUUUACUGUUUAUGAAACGGCUUGAACAGCAAGAAAUCGGUGUAUUGAUCGUUAGUGAUUUGUUUGCCAUUGCAAUCAAAUAUGGUUUCAAGGAUGCAUGUUUUCAACGUUUCAAAGAAAGUGCUGCUCGUUGGAUGUGUAGAAAGCUAGAAGUUGUAAUACGUAACAAAGGGUUGUAUGGGCUACCACGUAACCUCAAUUUUCUAAACAUGUUCGUAGAAAUAGAUGAUUUGGAAUGUUCUCUCGAUUAUUCGAAAUGGUUGGAAGAAUUUAUGACUCCUUUUUUUCGAGAAAAAGAUGGUAUUUAUCGCGAAGUACGUCAACAUGAUUUCAAGCAGCGAAUUAUAUUAAUUCGAGAAGCAGUAUUAAAUCAAGACUGGUCGAAAGUUGGCGUGUUUUUAGGUCUCUUGCCUUCUUUUCGACAAAACUUGCGAGACGUUCCUGAAGCGUUCCGUAAGCAACUUGGUGGUAAUUUAGAUAAAACAUGUCGGAUGUUAUUUCCAUAUGCUUCAACAAUAUUUCGAGCUGGUGUUGAACGCUUUAUGCAGUACGAUAUCCCACGUGAUAUGAUAACUAAAUCGGCAGCAGAAUUAAUGCUUGUCUUGAUUGCUGCUGAACGAAAAUACUGUAAUUUAACAUUUGACGUUGAGAAUAAUUCAUUGCUUUAUAUCACGGAAUUGCUUAUAUAUGCGAUAGCAAAUGGUCAGAAACAGGAAAUGCAAGAUUUGGUCACUACAGUUUCAUCCUUGCCAUCUGUCGCUCAAAAACACAAGUAUGUUACUAUCCUUCGAUCUUACAAAGUAUUGUCUCGUUAUGAACGUUGGCGUUUGGGAGGAGAAGAUGUAGUGCAGAGCAGUUCAUUUGAUCUGGGGGAUGAAAUCAUUGCAGCUCUACUGGAUGUGGAAUCUGGUCAGGCGAGUAUUUUCAUUCAUACAGCAGUGCAUUAUUUGCAUUUUGUUGGAAAAAUUGAUAUAUUAAUGAAUGCUUUGGAGGAAUGUUGUCAUAAAACGCCCUUCAUGAUUGUUGAUUGCUACCGCGCUUUGCUAUUAAAUAAUAUGACUGAUGAAGCUAAUUGGUUGCUUGAUGUUAUUUUGCCGCAAUGGACCCUUAUUUCGCAUCCGAUUUUAUUAGAUUGGUUAAAACCGCGACUUCUGAAUCCUCACGAUUAUGACCUCUCAGGAGAAAUGUUGCGCCUUGUUUGCAAAACCUUGUUCGUUUUUUUGGAUUAUGGAACGAAUAGGAGGAAUGAUUGUGCUUGGAUGUUCCUGUGGGCAGUGGUGCAGCUUGUGCAAGAUGAUGGUCUAUUGCUCUUGCAGUGGGAUCCUCGAAAAUCAUGGUGGCCAAAAUUUCAUCGUGCUGAAUUGUCCGAAAGAGGUGCAGAUUGUAGGCAUCGAAUUUUCAUGAAGCUUUACAAUUUAAAUGUGUGA